AAAUAAACAGUAUAGUGCAAAGCUAAAGAACAGAACGCAGCAGACGGACGUUUCACGCAUCGCUUCGCCAAGUCAGAGACGGACGCUUCACGCAUCCCAUCGCCAAUCGCAGCAGACCGCUCGCACCGCCGAAUCGCCGGACGCCCCCCUCCCCCGCUCCGCCGCUAUCCCUGCGUAGCUACGUUCCUGCUCUUCCUGCUUGACUGCUGACCUGCUUCUCCAGUUCUUUCGAGAACUCAAAGUCUCCACACAGUCACGCUGCCAACUGCCAAGUAGGUGCGGCUACUCAAUCUACUUCCAAAAAGGCACUCGUUUUAUAACUUAUAAGCCUAGUUCAAUUCAAGCACACCAAACAGCAAGAGAUGUCUCAAUUGAAACUCCUAAUAUCCCAUCCGCUCAAGAGGAAGUAAUUGGCCUUGUAAUUGAGAGGGAUCAGGGAAAAUGGAAAACAAUAAGUGAUUGGCCUAUAGGGAAAAGAGAUGAAAUUAGGCGAUUAUUUGAAGCUUGGACCUUAUCAACCGAAAUUGAACUUUCACAAAGGCCGAGAAUACAAAGAUAAGAUGCGUCGUUUUCAAGUUAGUUGGUGCAAUGAAUUUAAUUGGUUGGAAUACUCUCCAACAACACAUAAUGACAUAAGGGGUACGCACAUACAUAUAAAAUGUUGGGUAAAGGUAGGAAAGUUGCUGGCAAGGGGGAGACUGUGGGUGCACACUAUGCUUUUGGCCAACAUGAAGAUGACUUGAUCAUAAAACACAGACUUCUGACCCGCACUACAACCACAAGAGGCGAACCUCCACUAAAGAAACUUCAAAAGAAGUUUACUGCUUUUGCAUUAGAGGUACAGAAGGAAGCCGAUAACUUGGCUGACUGUGAAAGACUUGCCAAGAGUUUCUUGCAGGAACUAAACACUUUUGAGAUUCCGCUCCUGAAAAGCAAAACUGUCAUCGAAGCAAAUGUUAGAGAGAAGGAGAAUUUCAAUGACUUGAAUGAUGAAAUUAAAAGGCAAAUUAUACAGACCCAAACUGACAUAGAAGAUUUGAAGAAACAACUGGAAGAGAGCAAGAUAGAGAGGAAGCACAAGGAGGAGUGUGAGGCAAUUAGGAAAUUGAUUGCAAUGCAGCCAGCCAGAUCAGUGACCCAAAAUGUUAUCACGGAACUAGAGAAGGAAAUUUUAGCAUUAGAGGCAGAAAACACUGCUAGUUCGAGAACGUUGGAGCUGCGCAAAAAGCAAUUCACUCUUUUGCUACAUGUGGUUGACGAGCUUCAAAACACAAUAGACGAAGAACAAAAGAGUUUGGUUGAGGAGAUGAGGACAGCAAUGGAUGACCAUAAGAAUGGGGUUGUGGAGGAUGAUACUGGUGCACUUCCUGAAGCAAUGGCUAUAGAUUAGCAAAACAAUGCACCUUUGGCUUAUUUGGGCUGUACUUCUUUUAUUCUUAAUCACCUGAUGCUGAAUGCCAAACUGGAAAAUCAAAUCCUUUUAGGGUCUGUGUUGAUAUGCAAGCAUUCAUUCUAGGAUGGAUAUUCUUCCCCCUUUUCUUCAAUUUUUCUUUUCCCGGAAAACAGAUGAUUUCUUUUUUAGUCGCUGCAUGAUAUUUGUGGAGCAGCUAAUAGAGCUGUUAAAAAAUGUCAUUUUGUAUGAGGUGUAACUGAUAACUGUUAUGUACUGUUUGAUUUCUUUAUAAAAUAGAUUAACAGCCACAUUUUGCAUU